AUGGACGUUAAAAGAGCAAAUAGAAAAAAGCUUGAAGCCUUUGAACUUUGGAUAUACCGGAUAAUGUUGAGAAUUCCAUGGACUGCCAGGGUCACCAAUGAGGAAGUGCUGAGAAGGAUAGGUCGAGACAAAAAAUUGUUGAGGACAAUAAAAGUAAGCAAGACUGCAUACCUUGGACACAUACUGAGGAAUGAUAAAUAUAGACUUCUGCAGGUCGUCAACAGGGUAGAGUGCGUAGAAUUAGACUUUUGGAACGGCCGAACAGAAGAACCGGUCAUAGUGCACGGUUAUACGUUCGUACCCGAAAUUUCAGCAAAGGAAGUACUAGAAGCCAUCGCCGAAAGUGCAUUUAAGACUUCCGAUUUUCCUGUGGUGCUUUCGUUCGAAAACCAUUGUAAUCCAAGGCAGCAAGCCAAAAUUGCUAACUACUGCCGAGAAAUAUUUGGUGAUAUGUUGUUAGAAACCCCAUUAGAAGCUUACAAAUUAGAACCAGGUAAUCCAUUACCACCGCCGUCGGCGCUGAAGAGAAAAAUAAUUAUAAAAAAUAAAAAGAAACACCACCACCAUCAUCACAAACGAACUGUUACUCCCCCUGAAGCACAAACUGGCGAGAUUGGCGAAGUUGGUGAAGCUGCUGAAGUUGCCGAAGCUAAUCAAAAUGCUGAAGUUGUCGAAGCUAAUCAAAUUGCCGAAGUUGUGGAUGCUGUAGAAAAUGCUGCUGACAGUUCUGAAAAUCCUGAAACAACAGAAAACGCGGAAAUUACUGAAAUUGUUGAGAAUACAGAAAAUGCUGGAACCGCAGAAAUUACUGAAAAACCUGAGAGUGUCAAAAACGGAGAUGUUACCCAACGGGCACCUAAACUUCAAACCAGACAGGGUUCCAAAGAAUCUACAGGUACGGAUUUCGAUGGUUCAUUUAGUGACGAAGAUGGCGAUAAUGCCGAGGCCGGCGCUCCUGCAGAAACUAAUGUAGAAGAGAGUGAAAAUAAAGCUCCCGCUACGGAAACUGAAGCUGGAGCUGAAAUUUCUGCGCUAGUCAAUUAUGUACAACCUAUACAUUUCUCAAGCUUUGAAGCUUCUAAAAAAAAAAAUCGGAGCUACGAAAUGUCAUCGUUUGAUGAAAAACAGGCUACCUCCCUCCUAAAGGAAUACCCAAUCCAGUUUGUCAACUAUAAUAAACAUCAACUCAGUAGAGUCUACCCUGCAGGUUUCAGGUUUGACUCUUCCAAUUUUAUGCCUCAAGUAUUUUGGAACGCUGGAUGUCAGCUGGUAGCUUUGAACUAUCAGACCUUAGAUUUAGCUAUGCAGUUAAAUAUAGGAAUAUUUGAAUACAACUUCCGAAGUGGCUAUCUGUUGAAGCCAGAAUUCAUGCGACGCACAGAUCGAAGGUUCUAUCCAUUCGCUGAGUCGACUGUGGAUGGUAUUAUUGCUGGUACUGUAAAAAUCACUGUGAUAUCUGGACAAUUUUUGACUGAUAAGAGAGUAGGGACUUACGUUGAAGUAGAAAUGUACGGUUUGCCGGCCGAUACUGUACGGAAAAGGUUUAGGACGAAGGUUAUACCUAAUAAUGGAAUCAAUCCGGUGUAUGAGGAGGAACCUUUCGUUUUUAAAAAGGUUGUUCUACCAGAACUUGCAUCAAUCAGAAUAGUCGCCUACGAAGAGUCAGGAAAAUUUAUUGGACAUCGAAUACUACCUGUAGUCGGUCUCUGCCCUGGUUAUCGGCACGUCAAUCUACGCACAGAAAUAGGACAACCUCUUCCCUUAGCAACACUAUUCUUAGAAAUUGUUGUUAAAGACUACGUACCCGACGGCUUAUCGGACUUUGCGGAAGCGUUAGCAAACCCAAUAAAGUACCAAAGUGACUUAGAGAAACGAGCACAACAAUUAGCAGUUCUAACAGACGACAUGGAACCCACGGAAGGCACCGAGGAGCAAAAGAGGAGUACGCUAACUAGAGUAUCUAAAGAAAUCACGACCAAUGGCAGCCCGGUACAAAGACCUUCUAUAACAACAGGAAGCAUAUCAGUUGAAUCUACAACUGAUAAUGAAAUUCCAAUCAUACCAAUGGCUAUUUCUACUUCAGUUCCAGUUGAAAACAACAGCGUUAGUAAGCCCGUUGAAGUUAAAGACGAAAAAGUUGAAGAACUAGUUGCGGAUUCAAUAGAGAAGAUCUUAGAGAAUAAACUAGUUAAAGAGAAAAAGUUGGAAUUAGAUAAAAAAUUGGAAAAUUUACGAAGGAAACACGAAAAGAAAAAGAUAUCGCUGAGUUCCCAAAAAUCUGCUGACUUUUCCGAGAAGAAAUCCAAACUGGCUAAUAUUAAAUUAGUCAAAAGAUUAUCGAGCAAAAAUAUGUAA